GUUGUCCGGAUGUGGACGUGGCAAAGCACCGCAGUAGUUCCGACGAGUUCCUGUCCCUGAUUCUGAGGACGGAUUAGUCAAAAAUACCCCGGGACGAUAUCGGCCCUAGAGUUUGUCGACCGCCGGGUUCUGUAGUUUGUCGCGUACAGAGGAUAUCAUCUACUAUUCACAUAAGUCCGAAGCAUUAGGCAUGAACUGAGGAUGAAUGUAAACCAGCACACUCCAAUGGCUUCUCCAUAUGGCCAGCCACAAUCUGGCUACACUCACCCUGGCUAUGCCCCUCUAGAUGGAGCCUACCCUGCUCCUUAUGCCCCCUACAAUGGCCCUGCUUCUGCCUACCAACCUGGUGUACCGCCCCAAGAUUAUUCUCCUUUCACAAGCUUUCCCUCUAAAGUUGUGGCAGCCACCCCAGUGUCUGACCUCACCUCUCCCCUUGACUUAGGUCCCAGUAGAGGUCCUCCCACAUCUGCACCUCCACCGGUCUCGGCGUCUCAAGCAUAUCAUCAGUACAGUCAAGGGAAUGUACAGAAUGGACCUCCACCUAUGACACAAGCACCUUCCAGGCCUCCUGUAACUCAGUCGUACAACCAGGGAGCAGUGAACUUGUCAGAGCAGCACUCGAACUACCCACAACAGUAUGUGCCCCCUCCCACUAUGCAUCAGGUCACCAACCAGAUGAGUGGCAUGCAGCUCACACCUGGGUCACCAACUCUGGCAGGGCCAGGAUGUGUUCCACCUCAGAGCUCCCAGCCACCCAUCAGUGCGCCCUACUCGGCUGCACCACCACCCACCUACACCCAGGCCCCUCCACCAACAUGCUCUGCUCCUACCCAUCCACCACCUCCCAGUGGCCCUGUGCCCUCUCAACAGUACUAUGGAGGGCAGCAUCCUCCGGCUCAACAUGCUUUCAACUCUUCUCUGCCCCCUACUUCUCAGCAGCAGUUUAGCUCCCAUGCACCGCCACCACCUCCUACUCAGCAGACUUAUCCCCCAUCCUCCUUCUCGGGUUCGAUGCCUCCAACCAGUCAAGUUCCGGCUCCACCAGUGUCCCAGCCACAGCAGUCCUUCCCACCUAGCCAACCUCCCUUUUCUUCAGCCCCCCCAGCUGUGAGCCAGCCAGCCUUUCACGCUGGUCCUCCUUCCUCUGCUCAGGGCUCCUUCCAACCCAGAGCACCGCCUCCUUCCUCUCAGCCUGGACCUUUUCCACCCCCUGGGCCUUCUCCCACCUCCUCUCCAACUGGACAGUAUCCAGGCCCUAUGCCCCCUCUCCAACAACCCCCUCCAACCCAGCCAUUCCCUUAUCACUCAGGUCCACCACCUUCAAGGACUCAAAUGCCUCCUACUUCAAUGGCUCAAAGCAACCACCUGCCUCCAGGACCACAGGGCCCUCCAGGGCCCCCUGGGCCCCUACAGCAACCUCAGCCUAGCAUGCAGGGAGGAUACCCACCUCAGCAGAAUGGUGCUUAUGGACAGGUAAGAGGCCCUCAGCCUGGCUAUGCAGGCCCUUAUCCUGGGCAACCAAACUAUGGAGCCCCUGGACCAGCACCGGCUCCUGCUCCACCUUCACAGAAAAGACUCGAUCCAAAUGCCAUCCCCAGCCCGAUCCAGGUAAUAGAAGAUGACAAGGCCAAGUCAACAGAGCCAUUCACUACAGGAGUCAGAGGUCAGGCUCCUCCACUGGUCACUACCGACUUUCAGGUCAAAGACCAAGGAAAUGCCAGUCCCAGGUUUAUUCGCUGUACAGCGUAUAAUAUGCCUUGCACAUCUGAUAUGGCCAAGCAGUCUCAAGUGCCACUGGCUGCUGUCAUUAAACCCCUUGCCACGCUGCCACAAGACGAGACCCCUCCCUAUCUGGUGGACCAUGGUGAGGGCGGACCAAUCCGGUGCAACCGCUGCAAGGCCUACAUGUGUCCAUACAUGCAGUUCAUCGAGGGAGGACGACGCUUCCAGUGUGCGUUUUGUAGCUGUGUCACAGAGGUGCCUCCGCAUUACUUCCAGCAUCUGGACCACACUGGUAAAAGGGUGGACUGCUACGACAGGCCCGAGCUUUCACUGGGCAGCUAUGAGUUCCUGGCCACUGUUGACUACUGUAAGAACAACAAGGUCCCUCAGCCUCCAGCCUUCAUCUUCCUUAUUGAUGUGUCCUACAAUGCUGUAAAGUGUGGCAUGGUGCGCAUGGUCUGCCAAGAACUCAAGAAUCUUAUUGACUACUUGCCCAGGGAAAACCCAGAAGUGGACUCGGUGAUCCGAGUGGGCUUCGUCACCUACAAUAAGGUUUUACAUUUCUACAAUGUCAAGUCAACUAUGGCGCAGCCCCAGAUGUUGGUGGUGUCCGAUGUAUCGGAUAUGUUCGUACCGCUGCUCGAUGGUUUCUUAGUUAAUGUAAAUGAAAGCCGACCAGUUAUCGAGAGUUUAUUGGACCAGAUCCCAGAGAUGUUUGCAGAAACCAGAGAGACAGAGACAGUCUUUGGACCUGUAAUCCAGGCAGGACUGGAAGCACUGAAGGCGGCAGAUUGUGCCGGAAAACUCUUUAUUUUCCACACCUCGUUGCCCAUCGCAGAGGCUCCAGGAAAACUAAAAAACCGAGAAGACAAAAAGCUUAUUGGAACAGAUAAGGAGAAGUCACUGUUUCAGCCCCAGGUGAGUUUCUACAACACACUUGCAAAGGAGUGUGUGGCCCAGGGCUGCUGUGUGGAUCUUUUCCUCUUCCCUAACCAAUACGUGGACGUCGCCACGUUAUCGGUUGUUCCUGUUUCCACGGGUGGUUCAGUCUACAAAUACACGUAUUUCCAGACUCAGACGGAUCAGGAGCGAUUCCUGAAUGACCUCUCACGAGACGUUCAGAAACUGGUAGGGUUUGAUGCUGUCAUGAGGGUGCGAACUAGCACAGGGAUCAGAGCAACAGAUUUCUAUGGCUCCUUCUUCAUGAGUAACACCACAGAUGUGGAGUUGGCAGGCCUGGACUGUGACAAGGCCAUUACUGUUGAGUUCAAACAUGACGACAAGCUCAGUGAGGAGACAGGCGCUCUCAUGCAGUGUGCCGUUCUCUACACCAGCUGCAGCGGACAGAGGCGCCUAUGCAUCCACAACAUGGCCGUCAAUUGCUGCUCCCAGCUGGCUGAUCUCUACCGUAACUGUGAGACAGAUACAAUCAUCAAUUUCUUCUCCAAAUAUGCUCUCCGUGGGAUUCUGAACAACCCCACCAAGACUGUGAGAGACACACUGAUAAACCAGUGUGCGCAGAUCCUGGCCUGCUACAGGAAGAACUGUGCAAGUCCCUCAUCAGCUGGUCAGCUGAUCCUUCCAGAGUGCAUGAAGCUGUUACCAGUCUAUCUGAACUGUGUGCUGAAGAGUGACGUGCUGCUACCAGGAGCCGACGUCUCACUGGAUGACCGUGCUUACCUGCGACAGAUGAUUAGUUGCAUGGAUGUUGCAGACACCCACGUCUUUUUCUACCCCCGUCUGCUGCCACUGAUGAAGCUUGAAAGCGGCUCUCUGCCAGUGGCUGUAAGGAACUCGGAAGAAAGGCUCUCAAAGGGUGGAGUUUACCUCCUGGAGACGGGGCUCCCCCCUUUUCCUUGGGGCGGGGGCCGCGGCCAGCAGCUUCUGGUCAACAUUUUUGGCACACCAAGCUUCAGCCAGAUCGACCCCAACAUGACAAGUCUGCCAGAAUUGGACAACCCUUUCUCUCGGAGACUCAGAGAAAUUAUUGACACCUUCAGAGCAAAACGAUCACGAUUCAUGAAGCUGAUGGUGGUGAAACAGGAAGACAAAUCUGAGCUGAUUUUCAAACACUUUCUGGUUGAGGAUAAGACCGCCAGCGGGGGAGCCUCGUACGUGGACUUCUUGUGUCACAUGCACAAGGAGAUUCGGCAGCUGCUGAGCUAAACCUCCUGCUCCAGCUGCUCCUGCACUCCCAUCUGACUUUUGUCCAUCACUGACUCGUCGUUGUAAACAAAAGAAAGCGCUUUUCUUUCUUUUCUUUUCUUUUUUUUUAACCUAACAAACUAAAGCUCUCUCAACUGUCUGCCACAGACCAGCUAGUAAACCGAAUCAUGUGAGUGAUUGUGCGUACGAGUUUGUGUGUCUGUGAGUGAACCUGAUGUGUCAGGUCUCUACUCUGCCUCAAAUCUAAUGCUUCUGCCAACUGGAGCAUUGAAACUAACGAGGGCAGGGAAUGUGGGUGAGUGUUCACGUGUUUGUGUACACACAGGUGAACGAUUGCAUGUACGCAGCAGAUGGAGUAAAUAAGCAAACGAGUGGUGCAGACAGAUCAUGUGACUGUGGUCGGCAUGCUGUCUAUUAGUGGCACUGAAAGGCUGUUGUGGGUGAAUCAAUAACCCUCAUAUAGCAAAACACUUUUUAUAUAUAUUAUUAUUAUAAAAAAUCCACAUAGAGUGAAGGACUUUUACAUGAAAGACAUAAUUUUAAAAAAAAAUGCUGUUCCUUUCCUCAGCUUUCCUCAGCUUUGGUGAAUUCUCCCUGAACAUGUUCUGUCUUUGUUUCUGAUUUCCUUUGUUUUCAGGUGUGAUUCAGUCAGGUGCCCACGGCCCAAUAUGUAGAAAUAAACAGAAAAUUUAAGAACCCUUCAAGCAUUUAUGUGAAAGGGAGAAGCUUUUUGUUGUGCCUCAUCCCAAUUGGCUUCAGCUGAUUUUUCCGUAUUGGGGUGAAAAUCAGCCCCGGACUUUCAGAAGAGCCACACGUACAUUUCAAAUAAAUGUUAGUAAUCUUCUCUUGUGAGUUUUAAAUCAAAUGCAGCGCUGUUGCAAAGUCAGCAGUGGAUCGAAGUUUAGAAAUAGAAUAAAGAACGAGAAGAGAACAUGGGAGAUGGUGGACUGAGAUUGUAAAGCUAUUGCAGUGAAUGGUGCUGCAGACUUUAUAUGAAUCAAAAGUUUGGAUGUUUAGAAAUGUAUAAAAAUGCCUGCUCCAUCCAACAACUGAGCAGACAUCAGAAAUGUUUGCCCUCUCCGCACUGACAGUGUUCAGUGUGUAAAUAAAAUAUAUAACCUGUACAGAA